UAACACUGUAACACUUACUUAAUAAAGAACAUAAUCGACUAAGAACUAAGAAUAUAAAUUCUAGGUUCUGGGAAAACUUUAUUUUGAGCUGAGUUUUUUGGGUGCAUUCCAAACGGUGAAAAAAUUAUUGUUGCUCACAUAAACAAUAUUAAAUUAAAUUAAAACUGACAUUUAAUGAAUUUUAUUCCUCAAUUACAAAGAAUAAAGUAAGAAAAACAAAUACAAAGAAUUCUUAUUUGAAAUUCUACGUAUAAAGUCACUGUACCGUUUCAUUUUCUUCUAAAAGUAAACAGCCUCUUCCACUUUAAUAGACAGACACUGAGUGAGUUCUUUCGCGAGUGGGACUCGGAUUGCUUUAAAGUCAAGCUGAGCAUCACUUUUCACUCUUCACCUCUUCCUUCGAGACAAGUUUUGGAUUUACCCACGUUUUAGAGAGUUGUUUUGAUCUCAAAUAGCUUGGUUUACACGUGCUUCUUAUCAAUAAAUAAAUGGAAUAACAAUUAAAGAAAAUCAAUAAUGCCAGUGAAGCAAUGGUUCAGAAAAUUCCAACCAGCUCAACUUUACAUCGUUUUAACGAUGACCGUUGUUUUCUUCGUCACGGAAUUGGUCAUAAGUCAUGUUACUCAUUCCUUAACACUGCUGAUGGAUUCUUAUCAAACUUUAUGUAAUAUUUUCGCAUUAACUGGAUGCGUUAUGACGAUAAAGCAUGGAAAAGAUUUUGACAAAAAAGAUAAAAAUACAACUCCCGAAGACGUCAAAGAAAACAUUAAACACGCUAGUUCUGAAUGUGUUGGUGCCGUUAGAACAAAAUCGGAUGCUAAUAAAUCCAUAACCGCAGCUUAUCAAGAAAAGAAAUUAAAAAAUACAUUCGGCUGGGCUCGAAUUGAUGUUUUAACUUUAGUUAUUUGUUGUAUUUUUUUGGCUUCCUUAAUUUUUUCGCUUUUGGUCGAAGCCAUACAAACUUUGGUCCAUAUUGACCAUACUGACGAAAUGCAUCAACCGAUCAUGGUCGGAUCUGUUGGUGUAACUGGAUUAAUUUUAAACGCAAUCUGUUAUUUUUUAAUCGGAGGAUAUACAUUUCAUCAAGGUAGCUUCCUUUACGUAACCGAAAGCGGCGAUGUUGUCUUAGACAAAGUUGUUACUGGAGAUUCAAUAAAACAAGGAGGAAGAAGAUUAUCAAGAACAAGAACUGUACCUCCACCACAAAGACGAGAAAGACAAAGUUGUAGAGAGAUUUUACGUGAUAUAACGUGUUCUAUCAUAGUGAUAUUAUGCUCAAUAAUAAUCUAUUUCACCGAAGCUCAUAUUGCAAAGUUCAUAGAUCCCAUAUUAGCCGUAGUUUCAUCAAUAAUCGUUCUAGUCCUAAGCUUUCCUUACAUGAAAGAAAGUUGUUUAAUUCUUCUACAAACAAUUCCAGCAAGUAUAGAUAUAGACGCACUCAAAAAAACUUUACUCGCUCAUUUUCCCGAUAUAAUCAACGUCCAUGAUUUCCACGUUUGGCAAUUAACGGCAAACAAAGUGAUUUCAACCGUCCAUAUCAUUUUUCAGAAUCCGAAAGUUUACGAAACUAUCAAAAACGAUAUAAAUCGAUUUUUCGAAGAACAAGGAAUCACUCAAGUUACCAUUCAACCGGAAUUUUUCCCAAAAUCAAAAAGUACCGAAUCGAUUGUAUCCCAAAAGGAUUCGUGUCUGGUUAAAUGCCAAGAAGAAGCUUGUAAAACUAAUCAUUGUUGUCCCGAAUUGCAAGAUGAAGAUACUGUAUUUAUUACUUCAUCAUCACAAAAUAUCGCCCAAGAAUCUUCAACGAUUGUAUUAACCUCGGUGAAAGUUGAAUCGAACGAAUUCAAUAAAAAACCCGGUGGGGAGAAAAUUGAAAAAAUCGAAAAGAUUUCCGCUAAAAUUGAAAAAAUGAUCGACGAGGACAAACCGAAUUGCUCGACGAAUUUGGAAGGUCCCGAAAAAGUUGUUAGUCAAUCAAUAGAAGAAAACGUCCUUAUUGUUAAACAAUAAUUUUAAAUUGAAAAUAGUAUUUUGUAAAUUGAAUGCCAAAUAUUUAAGAUUUAAGGAGAAAAUAAUUUUUAUAACUAAGAUGUUCCUGUAUAAAUUUCGUAAGCACUUUAAAAACUUGUAAAUUAUAUAAGUAGGAUGAUUUUUAUAAAUGUGCCUGUGAUGGUUUUAUAAGUAAUAAUAAAAUAUUUUUUAACAAU